AUGGCUCGUUUGUCCAUUAUUUGUAUUGGAUUAAUUCUAUUUGUCACUGUAUGGUCAUCAUCUUUAAAUAUAGAAGGAUCAUCAAAACGUGUAUUAGUACUUCUUGAUAAUUUGGCUAUUCGAGAAACACAUUCAUUUUAUUUUAAACAAUUAAAAGACCGUGGAUUUGAUCUAACUUUCAAGUCAUCAGAUGACAGUAAUCUUCAAAUAGUUAAAUAUGGUGAAUAUAUUUAUGAUCAUAUUAUCUUAUUUGCUCCCGCUACAAAAGAAUUUGGUGGACGUUUGGAUGCUGAAGUUUUAACACAAUUUGUUGACGCUGGUGGUAAUGUUCUUAUUGCUGGUAGUCAUAUAAUCGGUGAUGCUAUACGUGAGUUUGCUGGUGAAUGUGGUAUUGAAUUUGCUGAUGAUAAAAAUGCUGUUAUGGAUCAUCUUAAUUAUGAUGUUAAUGAUAACGGACAACAUACAUUAAUUAUUGCAAGUCCAGAUAAUCUUUUAUCGUCUGAAUUAAUCACUGGACAAGCUAAAAAAGCUGGUUUACCAUUUCUUUUUCGAGGCAUUGGAAUGUCAUCUGAUCUAGAAAAUCCAUUAUUACUUGAUGUUUUAACUGGUUCAUCAAGUUCAUAUACAGCUAAUCCUGAUGAAAAAACAUUAACUGAAUAUCCAACAACAGUUGGUAAACGAACAUUAUUAAUAUCUGUACUUCAAGCUCGUAAUAAUGCUCGUGUUGGUUUUGUUGGUUCAUUGGAUUUUUUUAGCAAUGAUCUUUUUCAAAGUUCAAUACAAUCAAAUGAUGGAAAAAAAUCAGCUAAAUCUGGUAAUGAAGAACUAGCUAUUGCAUUAACUGAUUGGGUAUUUAAACAACGUGGUGUUUUACGUGCAAGAAAUAUUCGUCAUUAUUUGAAAAAAGAAAAAACGACACCAAGUUAUUAUACAAUUAAAAAUGACAUCGUAUUUAAUGUACAAUUUGAUGAAUUUGUUCAUGGUAAAUGGAUGCCAUUUAAUGGAACUGAUGUUCAAUUAGAAUUUGUUCGUAUUGAUCCAUUUGUUCGAACAACUAUGACAAAUAAAGGUGGUCAACUUGAAGCCCAAUUUCGUGUUCCAGAUACUUAUGGAAUCUAUAAAUUUAUUAUUGAUUAUAAUCGUAUUGGUUAUACACAUUUAUUUUCAGCAACACAGGUCUCCGUUCAUCCUUUACGUCAUACAGAAUACGAACGAUUUAUAACAUCAGCAUAUCCAUAUUAUAUUUCAUCAUUUUCAAUGAUGGUUGGCGCUUUUCUUCUCAGUUUUAUUGUACUUUAUCAUCGUGAUGAAAUGCCAAAAACAAAAGCUGAAUAA